AUGAAGACCGUGGCCUCUUUUAUUGGCUUUCUGUCUCUAGCUCCUCAUGUGGCUCCCUAUCCAGGAUCAAUCAAACUAGGAAGCCGUGCCGUUCAACGGACGCAGCCAUCGAGAUCGAAUAAUGGACAAGCAGUUGAGGUGUCCUUAACCGACUGGAUCGCAAACACAGACCUCCAGUGGUACAGCACGAUUGAAGUGGGCACUCCGCCCCAGACCUUUACCAUCAUGUACGACACUGGUUCCACAGGCCUCGUUCUGCCAGAUAAGGGAUGUACGUCAUGUGGCAAUGGCAAUCUUUUCGACCCUGCGCGAUCCACAUCCUUCUCGUCUCUCCCCAACGCUGGUGUAUACACGCUCCUAGACUACAGUACAGCAGCAACCUCAGUCCCCGUCAUAGCCGGUAACAACAGUGCGAAUUGCACUUAUGUAACCGAUGUUGUCACCCUUCAUGGACUCAAAUCUCCAGAACAGACGUUCGCUCUCUGCAACCUGUACCCAUCCUCCUUUGAAAACGUGCCGAUGGACGGAAUCCUAGGUUUGGGAAUCUCUCCACAAGCAAGUUCUGAUAACUCUACUACUCCAAGCUUUUGGUCUUGGUACAACAGUGGCUUGUUGCCGGAACCGAUAUUCUCCUUCGACCUCAUCCCUGGGUCGGAGAUGGGAGCAGAGUUGACUCUUGGAAGGAUAGACCACUCCAAAUAUACCGGGGAAAUUGCCUAUAUAAAUCUCGAUCAGAAAGCCACCUCCGAGUCGCAGCUCUACAUCGUUGAUCUCACCACACUUUUCGUUGAUGACAAAAAGGUCCUGGUCACUGGCAACUACAGUAGCAAUAAUAGCUCAGGCGGCGGAUGCCAGGCACCAGCGCCAUUUAAGCCCGGUAUCGCUGCCCUUGACACUGGUACUGCCUUCCUUCAAGCACCAGAUAAACAAAUAGCAGCGGAGAUAUACGCGCAGAUAGCCCCAGAGAUCACGGAGAUCGACCCAAAUGGAGCAUGGGGUGCUCCAUGUGCCGUGCUAGAUGCUGUCGCACCGGAGCUUUUGACAUUUUCCAUCAACAAUGGCACCGGUUCAUACUUUAAUCUGACCUUGACGCGCAAUUUUUUCAAUCUCGGUGAAUAUCCCGGCCAGCCUGGUAUCUGCCAAGCCGUUUUCAACCACCCUAUCAUUCCUAUCGCAGAUCCUUUGGGAGAGGGGAGACCGGUAUGGAUACUAGGAUCUCCGCUAUUGAAAGAAUAUUACACUGUCUGGGACGGGCUGAACCUGAAUGUGGGCUUUGCAAAAUUGGUCCAUCGAUGGUAA